CUCCGGCGGCGGGAAGCGGGGGGUCGGGGUCGGGGUAGAGAGGCAGUGCGUCGUGUUGCGUUGCGUUGCGUUGGAUCCAGCUCCACUCACUCACUCCUCCUCGCCGUGUCUGAUACCCAAACCUCAUCGUCCUACAGCACUUGGGGCGAAGCUGUGAUAGUACUCGCGUGCUUGUCUGAAGCAGCCUACCUCUUGGCAAUCUGCAUCUUCUCAAGGCUACGCUUGGCACGAUCUCAUCCCAUCAUCAGGACCAGCUUCUGCCUGCACUUGGCUUUCCACGCAUAGACCACAAGUCGCUUCGUCACCGCCUGCGAGCUGUGACGGCUUCGACCUCUAGCCAAAGAAGUUCAUCCUCCUCGGGGAUCGGUCUCUAUCCAUAAUGGCUUCCAUUCUUGCCAUCAUCGACAUCAAGGGCAAAUCCCUCAUCCAACGCACCUUUCGCGAUGACGUUCCCGUAGCUGCCGUAGAGCGGUUCCUUCCUCUACUGCUUGACAUGGAGGAAGAAUCCGGGGGAAGCGCCGUCGCUCCUUGUUUCACCCACGAAGCAGUCAACUACCUCUUCAUUCGGCACAACAACCUCUAUCUCGUCGCCCUCUCCCGCCGUAACUCAAAUGCAGCAGAGAUCCUCCUCUUUCUACACAAGCUCGCCUCUGUGCUAGAAGAGUACUUUAAAGAGCUCGAAGAGGAGAGUAUCAGAGAUAACUUUGUAAUCAUCUAUGAGCUACUAGAUGAGAUGAUGGAUUUCGGUUACCCACAGACGACGGAGAGUAAGAUUUUGCAAGAGUAUAUUACUCAAGAAUCGCACAAGCUUGAAAUUCAAGCCAGACCACCAAUGGCAGUGACCAAUGCUGUAUCGUGGCGGUCGGAAGGAAUUCGUUAUCGCAAGAAUGAAGUCUUCUUGGACGUGGUGGAGUCGGUCAAUCUUCUGGUCAAUGCUAAUGGAAACGUGGUCAGGAGCGAAAUUUUGGGAGCAAUCAAGAUGAAGUGCUACUUGAGCGGUAUGCCGGAACUGAGGCUCGGGUUGAAUGACAAGGUCAUGUUCGAGAAUACAGGGAGAGCAUCAAGAGGCAAAGCCAUUGAGAUGGAAGACGUCAAGUUCCACCAAUGUGUCCGUCUAGCACGUUUCGAAAACGACCGAACCAUCUCCUUUAUCCCUCCAGACGGAGAAUUUGAAUUGAUGAGCUACAGGCUGAGUACACAGGUCAAGCCGCUGAUCUGGGCAGAGGCAGUCGUGGAGAGGCACGAGGGGAGCAGGAUUGAAUUCAUGGUCAAGGUCAAGGCGCAAUUCAAACGACGCUCCACGGCCAACAAUGUCGAGAUCCACAUUCCCGUCCCAGAGGACGCCGAUUCUCCCAAGUUCCGCGCCGCCGUCGGCUCCGUGAGCUAUGCUCCCGAGACGUCUUCCAUGAUCUGGAAGAUCAAGCAACUUGGAGGUGGAAAGGAAUUCUUGAUGAGAGCUCAUUUUGGACUGCCUAGCGUGAGGAACGAAGAGGUGCUGGAGAGGAGAGCACCCAUUUCAGUCACGUUUGAUAUCUCGUACUACUCGAUUAGCGGGAUUAGCGUGAGGUACUUGAAGGUUUCGGAGAAGAGUGGAUAUCAGGCUUUACCCUGGGUCCGAUAUAUCACCCAAAACGGGGAGUACCACCUGCGCACAUCCAGUGAAAAAUCUCAGGCUAGGCUCGCGCCCUUUUCCGCUUAAAGGCCAGGACUAGGCUAGGCUAGGCUAGACUUCGACUUGGACUCGGACUGGGACUGGGACUCGGACUGGGACAGGAGCUACCUUGCGCUGCCGAGACGUACGACUGUUAGAUGUCAGCUGUCGAAUGUCAGAUGUCGGAUGUCGUAAGGUCGGGAUGGGAAGGGAAGGGAGGAGAAUUCUUCCCAUCGUGCGAGCGAUGUCUGCCUGUCUGCCUGGCUGUCUGUCUGUCUGGGGGCAAUGCAUAUACUUUUCUUCAUGCAAGCGAUAGGCCGGUUGGACUCAAAUCAAAGUAUUCUCUGGUGACUAUGUAUGAUAUUUCAGAGGACAGCGCGUCGAGAGGUGGACACGAGAGGAGCAAUAUGUGGAGUGCAUCUCUCUUCUCGAGAGACGUCCAAGCUCUACAACUUGAAGUCGUAUCUGGGUAUAUCAAUUCCUCGUGCCCUCGUCCUCGCUGAUCCCUCUGCUCCCCCC